UCGGCCACCCCCACGAUCCCGGCCUGCCCCGUGCCGUGCUUGUCGGCCGUGUCCUUUUCUACGAUGCUCUCCACCUUGGGAAAGAGGGCCUUUGGGCAAAGGUCCACCCUCCUGGCGUGCCGCCAUGUGGCCGCUGUUCCUGCCGUGAGCUUCAAGGAGGUCAAGUUUGUCAAGGAGGACGUGGAGAAGGUGAUGAUGGAGUUGCCAGACUAUAGCUUCUAUGAGUUCAAGGAGGCUGAGCCCAAUCCGUACCAAGGCACCACGCUGGACAGGAGCAUUUUGUUGGACCCGCCUGCACCUGCCCUGACGCAGCCGAAGUUCGAGUUCUCCAAACUCGAGAAUGGUAUGAAGAUCGCCUCCAUUGACAAGCAGGGCCUCACGGCUCGCCUGGGCCUCUACGUGCACGCAGGCGCUCGAUUUGAGGUGCCAGGCAACUUGGGCGUGGCCCACAUGUCCGCUCUCAUGGGCUUCCGCUCCACUGCGCAUUUGAGCCAUCUCAGGACUGUGAAGACCCUGGAGCAGCUUGGCGCCCACCUGAGCUCUUCGGCCACGGCAGGUCGGGAGGAGAUCGCUUAUCAGGUCGAGCUGCAGCGUGAGUACAUGCCCCUUGCCGUGCCGCUGAUGGUCGGCAACGUGCUUUUCCCACGCCUGCUGCCGUGGGAGGUGAAGGCCGCGCAGUCCGACGUGCCCACCGCGAAGCAGGCCCUGACAAAAGACGCGGACACAAUGGUCAGCGAGUUGCUCCACAAGGCCGCCUAUUGCAACAACACGCUGGGCCUCAGUCCCUUUGCCAGUGAGCGGUCCAUGGGCUACUUCACACCGGAAACAAUCCGCACCUACAUGCUGGACCAUUUCGCUCCCGAGCGAAUGGUUUUCGUUGGUGUCAACGUUGACCACGCCGAACUCUCCAAGUGGGUCAUGCGUGCCUUCGCGGACUACAACGCCAUUCCUCUGAAGAAGCGCGAGGACAAGAAGGCGCAGUACACGGGUGGCGACAUGCGCCUGGAGGGAGCCUCCCCCUACUGCCACCUGGCGCUCGGGUUUGAAUCCACAGCCUUUGGACAAACCGAGUUGGCCCCUGUUGCCCUAGUCCAGGCCCUGCUGGGCGGAGGCUCCGCAAUCUACAGCGGCAUCGGCUCCGGGGUCACUUCCCGGCUUUCCACGCAGGUGCUCAGACAGAGCCCCUACGUCGAGUCAUGCGCAGCCUUCAACACCUCGUACUCGGACUCCGGACUCUUCGGCGUCUACGGAGUCUGCCAGCCCGAGAAGGCUUCCGAGAUGGCUAUGGCCAUGGCAGCUGCCCUCAAGGGCCUCUCCAGUGUUAGCAAGGAGGAGCUGGCAAAGGCCAAGGCGAUGUUGAAGGGGAAGAUGUUCCGCCAGGCAGACGACGACAGUGAGCUGAUGCAGGACAUGGGCCAGCAGAUCUUGCUCACUGGCAAGUACGGUUCGGCGGCGGAGUUCGGGAAGAUCAUCGACGGCGUGACGGAAGCGGAUGUCACAGCUGCUGCCAAGAAGAUCCUGGGAUCGAAGCUUUCGCUGGCAGCCUACGGCGACGUCCACUCGGUACCCCCCUACGCGGCGAUCGAGGCGGCCCUGAAAUGA